UUUUGAAAAAUCUUAAGCAUUCCAAACCUUUGACUAGUAGUGUAUAUAUUCACAAGAUGAAAAUUGCUUAUAUUUUCCAUUUUAAGUUUUCAUGUAAUAUUCAGUCCCUGCUUCAGUGGCACACUUGAUCUAGUUCAGUAUAUUACAGAGAACAUGCAGCUUUUUAAAGCUAAUCAAGAAUUACAACAGCAGCCUCAAACAGCCCUAGAUGUUUGUCUUGCAUAAUUAAAUGAAAUUAAAAUGAUUAAAAGUAAUUAAAAUGUUUGUGCUAAAUAAUUGAAAAAACAAUUGGCUCGUUUGAAGCCCUGAAGAACUUUUUAAUGUGAAAGUUUGUUGAGCGUUCCUUCAGAACACUAGAAAGCUCAUUAGUGUUGUUGUUUACCUUCUUGAUUCCGAGAUCAAAGGGAAACGCUCUGGUUUCUGGAGCGCCGUGUAUUCCACCGAGUCCUCGCUGGCGAGGUUUGGACAAAUUGGGCCUAAAUCAGGGAGUCUGCAUGAAAGGCGCUGCUCCCCCCGGCCCCGCUUUGGUUCGCUCCGCCGCCCCGCCUGACUCCAGUGGGUUGGGCUUUGAUGGAAGGUCUCACCGACUCAGGUAGGAGGGGGAGAUUUGUGUCUUUCUUCAGCAGGCAGAGGAGGAAGGUCAGGAAAAGACGUGGAGCGCUCCUCUCGUUCGGACCCGUCGGCCUCCCGGCUGCCCGCGGCUAAUCGAAUGAGAACAGGCCAGGAAUAAAUCAUCUCUGGAGCGUCCUGAUAUCGAGCUGCUGCCGCGAAGUGAAUCAGUCCAGACAAAAAUAAACAUCCAUCAUGCCUCUCGCUGGCAGAAGCGCCGGGCGGCCGGGGCGGCAGGAAGCAUAGCCGCGUUGGUGAUGACUGUCUCCUGGAGAAGUCCUACACGGAGUGCGGAUACAGUCAAAUAAAAGAUGACGACUUCGACUGGGAGCAGGUCAACACCAAACAGAAACCCUCGUCAGACCCCUGGGUCCCGGCAGGUUCAGCGUUCAUGAUGGCGAACAGCUCCGGACGGCUCUCCGGACAGAAGGCUCAGCUCCUCAUGCCCCAGUUCAAAGAGAACGACACGCACUGCGUCAUAUUCCAGUAUUACGGAGCCGGUCGAGAGGGCUCCAGUCCCGGGCAGCUCUACAUCUACGUCAAGGAGAACAACAGUCCUCUGGGAUUCCCGGUGUGGAACUCGUCCGGACCGGCCCUGCAGAAAUGGCAGCAGGUGGAACUGGCCAUCAGCACAUUCUGGCCCAAUUUCUACCAGCUGGUGUUUGAAGCGGUGACGUCAGGUGAGCGGGGUCUGCUGGCCGUCAGAGGAAUCUCCCGUCAGGGGCAUCAGUGCAUGAACACGCCUCACUUCCUGCACAUUAAAGGCGUGGAGGUCAACGCCAGACAGACGGCCACGUUCCAGUGCACCAUUAACGGCCAGCCCAAAGAUCACGUCAACUACAAGCUCUGGUUACAGGGUAUCAAAGGCGGCGAGGCUCCUAUGAAGGACGCCAAACCCGUGAACUCCAGACGCUACACCGGCACCUUUGACAUCGUCAACACCACGAAGGAGAACUCGGGUCGCUACCGCUGCAUUGUCCACUCCGAUAAAGGCGUGGGAGUGUCCAGUUACGGAGAGCUGGUGGUCAAACAGCCUCCGAUUCCCAUCGCUCCGCCUCAGCUGACCGCCGUGGGCGCCACGUACCUGUGGAUCCAGCUCAACGCCAACUCCAUCAACGGCGACGGGCCCAUCAUCGAGAAAGAGGUGGAGUACCGCACCCUGUCCGGCAGCUUGAUCGACAACCAGCCCGUGGACAAACCCAACCACAAAAUUGGCCACCUGGACCCCGACACCGAGUACGAGAUCAGCGUCCUCCUCACCAGGCCGAACGAGGGCGGCACCGGAGCGCCAGGACCGCCGCUCAGAGCCAGAACCAAGUGUGCAGAUCCCAUGCACGGCCCUCGGAGACUCCAGGUCGUGGACAUCAAAUCCAGGCAGUUCACGGUCCGCUGGGAGCCGUUCGGAUACAACGUGACGCGAUGCCACAGCUACAAUCUGACGGUGCAGUACCGCUACACGGCCAACGGGAAAGAGGAGACGCGGGAGGAAGUGUGCUACGACAGCCUGAGCGUGUCUCCGCAGCACACCAUCCGCAGCCUCCCGCCGUACACCAACGUCAGCAUCCGACUGCUGCUGCGCAACCGCGAGGGCGUGAAGGAGAGCGACGAGCUCCAGGUGCUGACCGACGAGGACGUGCCCGGCGCCGUCCCGCUGGAGUCCAUCCAAGGAAGCACGUAUGAGGAGAAGAUCGCGCUCAGAUGGAGAGAACCGCUCCAGACGUACGGCAUAAUCAAGCAGUACGAGAUCUUCUACAAGGCCGUCAGCUCCUUCGACCCCGAGUUCAAACUGGCCAAUCAGAGUGGGAAGGUGCUGAAGCUCAGUAACGAGACGUCACACGUCUUCAUGGGCCUCUAUCCCGGAUCCACGUACUCCUUCACCAUCAGAGCCAGCACCGUCAAAGGAUACGGGCUGCCCGUCAUCACCGAGUUCACGACCAAGAUCUCACCUCCACGUAUGCCGGGAUACGAGCAGGAGACGCCGCUGAACCAGACGGACAGCACGGUGACGGUCCUGCUGAAACCGGCCCAGAGCCGAGGAGCGCCGGUCAGUGUGUAUCAGGUGGUGGUCGAGGAGGAGCGUCCGCGUCGCUCACAGAGAGCCGCCGAGAUCCUGCGCUGUUACCCGAUUCCCAUCCACUUCCAGAACGCCUCCGCGCUCAACUCCCAGUACUACUUCACCGCAGAGUUCCCCGCCGCUCGGAUCCAGGUCCCGCUGAACUUCACCGUGGGAGACAACCAGACGUACGACGGAUACUGGAACCUUCCUCUGCUGCCGCACAAGAGCUACAGCGUGUACUAUCAGGCCGUCAGCACGGCCAACGGGGAAACCAAAAUCGAUUGUGUUCGUGUGGCCACUAAAGCUGCCAUUAUUGUGACACAGCUCACCACGCCAUAUGUGCGAAUCGCACCCGCUGCUGGCGACAACCAACUAACAGGUGCCGCCACCCGGAAGCCCGAUGCGGUGGAGCCCGAGAAACAGACGGAUCACACGGUGAAGAUCGCCGGCGUCAUCGCUGGCAUCCUGCUCUUCGUCAUCAUCUUCCUCGGCGUGGUGCUGGUCAUGAAGAAACGAAGAUCCUAUCACUCCUACACUUACUACCUGAAACUGGCCAAGAAGCGCAAGGAGACGCUGAGCAGCACGCGGCAGGAGAUGACGGUGAUGGUGAACUCCAUGGACAAGAGCUACGCUGAGCAGGGCACCAGCUGCGACGAGGCCAUUUCAUUCAUGGACACACACAACCUCAACGGACGACCUGUCUCCUCGCCGUCCUCGUUUACCAUGAAGACUAACACACUGAGCACCUCCGUGCCAAACUCCUACUAUCCAGACCCCUUUGUGCCAACGGCCAUCUUAGUGCCCAUUAAUGACGAGAGCCACACCAUGAACAGCGAGACCAGCAGCCUGGUUCAGUCGCACACUCACUCCUACAAGAAGCGCGAGGCGGUGGACGUCCCGUACCAGACGGGGCAGCUGCAUCCGGCCAUCCGCGUGGCCGACCUUCUCCAGCACAUCACGCAGAUGAAGUGCGCCGAGGGCUACGGCUUCAAGGAGGAGUACGAGAUAAACGAGAGCUUCUUCGAAGGGCAGGCGGCGCCGUGGGACUCUGCCAAAAAAGACGAGAACAGAAUGAAGAACCGCUACGGGAACAUCAUCGCAUACGAUCACUCGCGUGUCCGACUGCAGCCUCUGGAGGGAGAGCAGAGCUCCGAUUACAUUAAUGCUAAUUAUGUUGAUGGCUACCAUCGACCGAAUCACUACAUCGCCACACAAGGUCCGAUGCAGGAGACCAUCUAUGACUUCUGGAGGAUGGUUUGGCAGGAGAACACGGCAACUAUCGUCAUGGUUACCAAUCUGGUUGAAGUCGGCCGGGUGAAGUGCUGUAAGUACUGGCCCGACGACACUGAGAUCUACAGAGACAUGAAGGUGACGCUCAUCGAGACGCAGCUGCUGUCUGAAUACGUCAUUCGAACCUUCGCUGUGGAAAAGCGAGGAGCUCAUGAGAUCAGAGAGAUCCGGCAGUUUCACUUCACCGGCUGGCCGGAUCACGGAGUGCCGUAUCACGCCACAGGGCUGCUGGGAUUCGUCCGCAGGGUCAAAUCCAAGAGUCCGGCCAACGCGGGGCCGAUGGUGGUGCACUGCAGCGCUGGAGCGGGACGCACCGGAUGCUUCAUCGUCAUCGACAUCAUGCUGGACAUGGCGGAGCGUGAAGGAGUGGUGGACAUCUACAACUGCGUCAGAGAACUGCGCUCUCGCAGGGUCAACAUGGUCCAGACGGAGGAGCAGUAUGUGUUCAUCCACGACGCCAUCCUGGAGGCGUGUCUUUGCGGCGACACCACAAUCCCGGCCAAUCAGCUUCGCUCGGUCUAUUACGACAUGAACCGCUUGGACCCGCAGACCAACUCCAGCCAGAUCAAAGAGGAGUUCAGGACGUUGAACAUGGUGACGCCGACGUUACGCGUGGAGGACUGCAGCAUCGCUCUGCUGCCGCGGAACCACGAGAAGAACCGCUGCAUGGACGUCCUUCCUCCCGACCGCUGCCUGCCCUUCCUCAUCACCAUCGACGGAGAGAGCAGCAACUACAUCAACGCCGCGCUCAUGGACAGCUACAAGCAGCCGUCUGCGUUCAUCGUCACCCAGCAUCCUCUGCCCAACACGGUCAAAGACUUCUGGCGGCUGGUGCUGGACUAUCACUGCACGUCUAUCGUGAUGCUGAACGACGUGGACCCCGCGCAGUUGUGUCCGCAGUACUGGCCUGAGAACGGCGUUCACCGUCACGGCCCCAUCCAGGUGGAGUUUGUGUCGGCGGAUCUGGAGGAGGACAUCAUCAGCAGGAUAUUCCGGAUCUAUAACGCCGCACGGCCGCAGGACGGGUACCGGAUGGUGCAGCAGUUCCAGUUCCUGGGCUGGCCGAUGUACCGCGACACGCCCGUGUCCAAACGCUCCUUCCUCAAGCUCAUCCGACAGGUGGACAAAUGGCAGGAGGAGUAUGACGGAGGAGAGGGACGGACGGUCGUUCACUGCCUUAACGGCGGCGGCCGCAGCGGGACCUUCUGUGCCAUCAGUAUCGUGUGUGAGAUGUUACGACACCAGCACUCGGUCGACGUGUUUCACGCCGUCAAAACACUGAGAAACAACAAACCCAACAUGGUGGAUCUGCUGGAUCAGUACAAGUUCUGCUAUGAAGUGGCGCUGGAAUACUUGAAUUCUGGGUAAAGUGUGCGUCCCGUUCUUCUCCUCGACCUUCUCCUGUUCCCCGGACACUGAAUCGCAGGAACGUCUGAGACUCUGAUGAUGUCACGAGGAAGAGAACGCAGACCAGUUCCCGUUUCCCGUCUCCUCGCCGGACCACAGCCUCACGUGUCGGUGUUUGUGUGGAAUGCCACGUCGCGCGGAUGUUCGUUUCUAUCAUUGUUUUCACGUCGGUUGCUUUUGUCCUUUGGUUUAUUAACUCUCGGCAUGUACAGUCAUAUCCUCAUAUUGUGUGUUUGUGUGGAACGAUGAUGGAGAAACUGCUGAAAUCGUCCGAAGAUCCAAAGCUCGUGUUCGUGAUCGUUUGUUUAUACUGUAAAUAGUUGAAGUUGGCCAGAUAAUUUAUUCAUUGACUGAUUUUUGUGAAGCACACUGAGUGACAAUCAUGCUUUGAUUUGGUCAUUAUUAUCACACGGACUCGACAUGUAAUAGUGACCAGAUUGUAUUGUUAACUUUUUAUUUAUCUGGUAUGAAAAAAAAAAAAGAAAACUAUAAAUACAUAUCUAUAUCUGCCAAAGCUGUGGUUGGUGUGUUUUCUGAGAGGACUGUAUCCCAUGAUGCAAUGCACUGAAACCAAAACUACUGAAAAAACAUGAACUGAAAUAAAAUAAAUCCUUUAGAAAUGAGAAA